ACGAAGUAAAACAGACUAUUUUAGUAGAAAUGGCAAGUGAAGAAGAAAAAUUGGAGCUCUUGGAUGCAGAAUUUGAUCAUUACGUGGUAGAUAUGAAGCCUUUUGUUCUAAAAUUACCCCAUAAGUCAGAGCGACAGAGGUGUGCACUUUGGAUUAAAAAACUAUGUGAACCUUCAGGAGCAGGUACAGGAAUAAUGGGUAGGAAGAAUCGGAACCUGUAUGCAAAACUAUUAAUACAUAUGCUUAAACGAGGAGUUUUAGAAGGUCCUUUUACAUACCGACCUGAAGCAGGGACAUUGAAAACUUUACCGUCUUACAUGUCCAUUUAUUUUGAUGAGCCAAAUUUAGCAAGACCAAAAUGUUCAAAUCCAGAGGGAUUACCAGACUGGGUAAAGAGUGAAUUGAGGCCAAGUGACUAUAGAUCAGGUGAAUCAUGGAGACUUUCAUCAUCUGAUGAAGAUGCUACAUUUAUGCAAUCACCAACAGUUGCACACAGUAAACAACGAUAUACUGGGCAGCUGCGAAUGCGAUCACAUUCUGUGAGUCCAAUACACAGAUCAGAAGAAAAUCUUGCCACACAUAUUUCUAAAGAUUAUCUCAAAAAACCUUCAAUAUCUAUGGAUGACAGUGAACUUGGAGCUCGUCUUAAUAGUUGGAACCUUGGGAUAGAAAAUCCAAGGUAUCUACGAGAAAAGCCCAUUCCAAUGUCUUUGCCGAUGACUGCCAAAUCAAAUCUAGGGAAAGCCAGUAGUCUCCAAGAUGAACAGUUACUCUUUCUAAUGCAUGAAAAAGAGUUGGAGAUGAAAACAAAAAUAUUAGAAGGUAAAUUUCAUGAGGAGAAACUUAAAUUACAACAGAAGCAUGAUGCUGAUGUUCAGAAGAUUUUAGAAAGAAAGAAUAAUGAGAUUGAAGAAUUGAAAACUUUUUAUAAAACUAAACAAAAUGAAGCUGAAGAUACUAUUAGGAACUUCGAGAAAAAAGUCCAGACUCUUAUUCGUGACUCUCAAGUGGUUAGAGAAACUAAAGAAAAUCAGAUUGUGGAGUUAAAAAAAUUAUGUGAACAAAGCACAGAAUCCUUGAACAAUGACUGGGAAAAAAAGCUUCACAAUGUGGUUGCAGAGAUGGAGAGAGAAAAAUUUGAGCUUCAAAAGAAACAUACAGAAAAUAUCCAAGAACUGCUUGAGGACACAAAUGCACGCCUUAGUAAAAUGGAGGAGGAAUACAUGGCCCAAACAAAAGCCACGAACCAAAUGGUAAAAGAGUUGGAGGCCCGUGUUCAGCAGCUCACUGGAGAAGCUGAGAACAGCAAUUUACAGUGGCAAAAAUUAAGUCAGGAAAAAACCGAAUUGGAAAAAUGCUACCAAAUGACAUGCUGUGAACUGCAAGAAGUGAAGGCAAGAAAUAACUCACUUCAUAAAGAAAAGGAUAAUAUUGCACAAGAUUAUGAACAAAGUAUAAAAUUAUUACAAGCCAGGUGUGAUUCGGAUAUCCAGGUUAUGAAAGAAGAAUAUGCUGUGUCUUCUGCUAAGGCAUCUGAAUUGAUUGAGAAGUUGGAAGAUAAUAUCUGUCAAUUAAAACAACAGCUACAAAAAUCAGAACAUCAAAGACAGCAACAACUAAGGGAGCAAGAAAAUAAAUUCCAGCAGGAAAAAUUUCAAUUAGAUCUCAAUUAUGAAAAAAAGGUUCAAGGCCUCCAGAGUGAACUUGAUAAAGAGAAAGGAGAUUCUCAGAAGAAAAUUCAUAAAUUGGAGGAGGCUUUCAGGGAGAAGGAGGAACAACUGACUCGGGUGACUGAGAUACAGAGGCUACAGGCCCAGCAGGCAGAUGCUGCCCUGGAGGAGUUUAAGCGGCAGGUUGAGCUGAACUCCGAGAAAGUCUAUGCUGAAAUGAAACAGCAGAUGGAAAAAGUGGAGGCAGAUCUAACAAGAUCCAAAUCUCUUCGUGAGAAGCAAUCUAAAGAGUUUUUAUGGCAGUUAGAAGAUGUCAAGAAAAGAUAUGAACAGCAGAUAGUAGAGCUGAAACGGGAGCAUGAACAGGAGAAGACGCACCUAUUCCAGCAGCAUAAUACAGAGAAGGACUGCCUAGUCCGAGAUCAUGAACGGGAAAUUGAAAAACUGGAAAAACAGCUCCGCACUGCCAAUAUGGAGCAUGAAAACAAAAUUCAAGAGUUGAAGAAACGAGAUGCACAGGUUAUCUCUGAUAUGGAGGCUCAAGUUCACAAAUUGAGAGAAGAGUUGAUUCAAGUAAACUCUCAAAGGAAACAGCAGCUCAUAGAGCUUGGACUUCUUCGGGAAGAGGAAAAGCAGCGAACAGCUAGAGACCAUGAGACCAUUGUUAACAAAUUGAAGGCUGACUCAGAAAAGAUGAAGUUAGAAUUGAAAAUGACACAUGCAGCUGAAACAGAGUUAACAUUGGAAAAGGCCAAUAGCAGGUUGAAGCAGAUUGAGAAGGAAUAUAGUCAGAAGUUUGCCAAAUCCUCACAGAUCAUAGCUGAACUUCAGACAACGAUUUCCUCUCUGAAGGAAGAGAGCAGCCGCCAGCACCUGACAGCUGAGAGGCGGCUCCAGGAAGUGAUAAAGAAGUUUGAAGAGGAAAAGAAGCAGCUGAUUAGAGAUAACGACAGAACAAUCAAGGCUUUACAAGAUGAGCUGGAAAACCGAAGCAUUCAGAUGCGCUCCACAGAGAAAAAACUACAGCAUCGGGAGAUGGAAUCACAGGAACAGCUAACCUAUAUACGGCAAGAAUAUGAAACAAAACUCAAAGGUCUGAUGCCAGCAUCUCUAAGACAAGAGCUUGAAGACACCAUUUCCUCUUUAAAAUCCCAGGUUAACUUUCUGCAAAAAAGGGCAUCCAUCCUUCAAGAGGAAUUGUCAGCAUACCAAAGCAGAAGGUAACUGGAGAAGAAAAUACAGUUACUGCAGUUGCUCAUUUCUCCUAAUGGACUUCUUUCAACAGGUUUGAAGAUUUGGAUAUUGUAAAUUAAGCUGUGAGAUCAGUGAAUAAUUUUAUUAGUUAAAAGACUGUAACUAAGAUCAUAAAAUGACAUUCAUCAUUCACACUGUGGGUUUUUUGUCUUUUUUUUG